UUCAUCAUGAGCAGUUCGCGAGUUUUCGUUGGUGGAUUAGCCUAUUGUGUACGUGAAAAGGAUUUGGUAGAAUUUUUUAAAGGAUAUGGACGCACGUGUGAUGUGUUAUUGAAAAACGGAUAUGGCUUCGUUGAAUUUGAAAAUCACCGAGACGCCGAUGAUGCAGUGGACGAGUUGAACGGAAAAAGUUUGAUGGGAAGGAGAGUAAAUGUUGAGUUGGCAAAGAGCAGAGUACGUGGCAAUUGUAGUGAGCGAUAUGGCACCAAACGGCGUGGUCGUUAUAAUGACCGAAGUUCUAGAACAAUACAUUACGGACCACCGAAACGAACCGAAUGUCGCAUAGUUGUGGAAAACUUAUCAAGCGGCGUCAAUUGGCAAGAUUUAAAAGAUUUUAUGCAGCGAGUCGGAGAGGUAACCUACUGCGAUGCACAUAAAGAGCGUCGCAAUGAAGGUGUGGUGGAGUUUGCUUCAAAAUCGGACAUGGAAGCUGCUCUAGAAGAAUUGGACGACACUGCAUUGGAUGGUCGUCGUGUACGCUUGAUUGAAGAUCGACGAAGGAGGAAGCUUGUUGGAGGAAAGCGCGAGAGGUCUCGUUCAAGAUCUGACACUCGCUCACGCUCCAAAUCGGUGCGCUCAUCGCCGCGGCCGCAUUCAAGUCCAAGCGAAUUUCGUGAGCUAUCCACAUCAAAAUUGCGUUCUCCUGUUGCUAAGCGUUUACGCUCAGAAAUCGUACGAGUACUACGUACAGAAUGUCACACCCGUGAUCGUGCCACAGCUCAUCGUUCACAUCGUGAAGGCUCACCAUCUAAGUCAAUCACAGAUUCUCAGUCAUGGGAUCGCUCCACUUGUAGCAGUUCACGGUCACGGUCAGCUUCACCUGAAAACGGAAAAUCCACUACCGAAGAAGAUAAAUAAAUAAUUGGACGUACUUAUAAUUAGGUUUUGUAGGUUGUAUAAGACUAUUUGAAUAAAAUAAAUAGUUUUGAUAAAAAAUUAUAAAAUACGUUUUUAAAAAAAAAUAUUACAAUAUUUAAAGUAAAAUUCGAAAUGAAGGUUUUUAGAUUUCAAAACCAAUAUAUCUGCAAUGUAACCAGAGUUAAUAUUUUAUUCUGAAUCUGCAUCCCUUUAUAUAAAGCGUGGUUAAGUUUCAAGGGCCGGUGUUGAUUUUGAAUAAAACACUAUUUUGUAAAAAAAUUA